AUGUCUGAUUCGGAAGCGAUGUCUGAUUCGGGAAGCGACUCAAGGUCAAAGAUAGAUAAAGUCGGCUGGCAGCUUGGCCAUAUGAGCUAUCAGUAUGGUUGGGCACUGGGUCAAAUAUUCCGGACCGAUGCAAAUGAUAAGAUGGUUGAUGAACUGAUCGAGAGGAACGAACUGAUAGAUCAACUGGAAUCAAGCCUUCUACCUUCAAUCAAAGACCAUAUCAAUUCUCUCUUGCUCGCACUCGACCUGCAAAACUCGGGGAAGCAGCUCACCUCAAACCUCGAUUUAAUUUCAGAAAUCACACGCAAGAUCGAUGACACCCUGAUGGAAACAACCGAUGCUGUCGAGUCCGUUUCUGCUCCUUUCGAAGACCAAUUCACCAAUGCGCGGAAUUUAGGUAGAUGUAAAGAAGUUAGAUGUCGUCGAUUGCACACAAAAGUCCGAAACAUUAUCAUCCAACCCCUCUGUUCACUAUUCGAAAGCGGUGCGGAAUUUAUGCGAUUCUGGGAACUCUCGCGUAAGGAUCCAGAAAGCUUGGAAUAUCGAAAGAAAAUGUCCGAGUGGAUGGAAGAAGCACAGAGGGCUUCAGAUAUCUCCUAUCGCUUAAUCGAUCAAACGAUCGAAUGGUCCAGAAAAUCCGACUUGGUUCUUCUACAAGAGAUAUGGUUAGAGGCAGAGGAAUCGAUUAACCAUACACUGGAAGAUUUAACAGGACUCGCCGAUCCCAUGAUUGACUUCGAACACGAGCAGAUUGCAAUCGAUGAGCCAGAGAGGACAAGAACCCCGAGAGAACAUAGUAUCGAUGUUGCUAGAUUGACUAUACCGAUCAUCAAAUUAACAAGAAUCUUUUUUAAUAAAAUAAUAAGUACGACUACCAAGAAACCAUUGUUCACACUAGAUCCGGGGAUCGAUUCGGAGUCUCUCGAGCAAUUAAUUAAAUGUCCCUCCAAAAUUGUUAGGUGUUUUCAAGACCUUGCGCGCUACUUGGAGACAUAUACCGAGGAAGAUACCCUUGAUGGCCAUCGAUAUUCGAAUCCAUUCGUCAUACUCCACAAACUUCUCGAUUCCACUCUACUACUUCUCUCUUUCCAUCUCGUUCCUUUACCUCCUCCAGUUGAGGGUCAUUCUCUACGCCAGAAUCAUUUCAAGGCUUGGUUUCUUGAUUUCCAAUCUCAAUAUCAUAGGGCAACGGAUCGCAUGCUAGAUCCAUCAAGUUGUUGCCACACUACCCCAGAUCAGCACGGAUAUCACGACGCUUUAUGCCGUUCUAGGUUUUACAUUCCCCUAGUUGCAGCAGACGAUCCGCAAAAGUUCCUAAACCUGCUUGGAAUAGUUCAGGUUGGCCGGGAUACAGCUGCGACCUAUCGGGUUCUGGGUUGGGUUUGA